AUGCAUGAAGGGUCAAGCGGCGACGAUGGAAUAUCAGCCGCAUCCGACCCCUCGGGCGGCACCGACGACAGCAACGGCGGAUGGAACCUACACAACCGGCUAGUGGAAGGCACUGAAUACCAGCUGCACAUACCGCCUAUAGCAAACUUCAAGCCACAAAUGCGGCUAGCGUUCACUAAACCUGAGGUGUACGCGCAGCACGUGCCGGAGGAACCUAUGGACCCUAACAAUGGUGACUACGCUAAGGGGCCACUGCAACUGCACGAUGUGGCAGAGCAUGGUCAGAUACCGGAGUUCCGACACGAAGCCGGAGUCAAUGGGAUAAAACCGGGAAAAUCGGAGCUUUUCACCUGGAGAGUCGAAAGGCCACCCGAUGUAUUCAUCAUCAACUGGUCCGGGGUGGCGCACACGGGCUUUCGAGACGGCGUGGUGGUAGCUGCACGCGCCAUAUUAAACCUGACGCACGACCAGCCGCUGGAAGUCCUUAGGUUGCUCGAAGCUGUUGCGGAGCGCCGCAGCCUACCCAUGUGGCUGGCCACGAGGGCGCGCUAUGCGCAACCAUUCCUAGACUCGGCUGCUGACUGGAUACCUGCACUGCAAUAUUUCAUCAACAACUGUAAUGACCAGGAUAUGCUGGAGAAUGUACAAACUGUCGAAGCACUUGCAGAAACGGAUGCAAACCCGCUCGAUAUUUUGAAGCACAUUACGGUCGGUGGCGACCCCAACGAGCUGGUCGACCUGGGGAAACCGCAGAGGGAGUCAAUGGGCAUGGAACCCUUCGAAAUAGAAGGAUGGAAAACAGAUGGGGCACACUACAGCGACAUGAUCUCCACGUACGACAAAAUCCUUAAGCAAUUGGGGAUCGACAAGCCUAAUCUGGAGCGGCACUUCCAAGACGCUUGGGAACAAUUGUCUAAAGACAGGGAAUCGUGGUCAGACGCAGUGCUGUACAGAACGAAUUGCGCCUCCUUGGAUGCACUACAGAGGCGUAACCACGAAUCGUACAACUGCGCAGUUGUCAGCGCGAUCAAGCACCACAUAGAGGUCUUCCAGAUGCCCGUUUACUUGGUAUCCGACAUAAAAACCACAGAAAUGGUUUUGCGCGAGCUAGAGUGCCUCCAAAUCAAACCGAUAAAUGCAGGAAACGUCUAUGGUCGCGACCGUGGCACGCCGACAGAGAGCAUAAGAGCGCUCUUGGCCGACCUCAAACUUGACCCAAGAGUCCCGGUGCACUACUUUGAUGAUCGACUGUCCGGACUCGAAGCAAUCAACUCAAGUCAGGAUUUGAGCCACGCGAGGACCUAUUUCGUCGAUUGGGGACGCUCAACGUGGUCCGAGAAGUUAGGUGCCCUGUACGCAGACAGCGUUAAGUAUGUCAAGACCACGGAAUGGAUGGUCAAAUUCCUGGCAACUCCUGCGACUGAGCCCGGAAGAGAAUGGACCCACGGGUUCCGCCUCAGGCGUCCGGACGAAGAGGUAGAGAAGUCAGUCAUGGACUGGAAGAAAAAGUGGCACAAGGAGACGCAAAUCACUGACGAGCCACUUAAACCUAUUCCUAAGAUUAUUUAA